AUGUUUGACCUAGAGAUUUUAACUACAUCCACCUCAAUGACCUCACUUAUGAAUUUGUCAACAUGUGGAUAGUUUCGGUCAUAUUAACUCUGCAUUUCGUGUUUGCAUCCAGUGAAGAUAUUUCUUUCAAAAAAGACUUUUCUGUACAGCCAGGUGGAAAGAAGUACUCUGCAAAUAUUGAGAGAGAUGGUAUAACUUGUACUUUCACAUAUGAAUGUCAGGGCGGGACAAAUGAAAAAUGGCACAUGACGCUUUCGAAAAUAAGAGAUCAGAAUGGUUAUGGUUGCGUUGUAGAACGUUCUGGUAGUCAAACAAGUUACAUAUUCUUUCAAAGUUUUAAACUGGAAGUGAAGCCAGCAGUCGAAGCAUUGACAGCUUCUGCAUUUGGAAACAAUAACCAACCACUUUUGCUUGAAGAAUAUACAUUCGAUAAAAGUAGGGGUUCUGUAUCACACGUCAGUGGAAAAUUCAAGGCAGCUUUAACUCGUCUUUCAUUAGAGUUUAAUUGGAUACCAGGAAAUUCAGAACUUUGAGUUUUUGAGAAUAUUGGUCAAUAUUGAUUAUCUCUAACCUUGUGGUAUUUAUUUAACGGUGUAAAUAAUCAUAGUUUAUCCAUAAUACAUGCAUAUUUUGAUCUCUACAUACAAGCAGACUGACAGCGGUGCCUAAAACAACUAUAUAUAUUAAAUAGUUAAAUGUAUUACCAGGAUUUCAGUUUUUCGGUAUUUGCGUUUUUACAGUGCAAUUGCCAAUUUCACUGCACACCAAAGCAGUCGAUGACAUCCAUAACGCUAUAGGCCUCUUAAAAGAAUAGUCGGUGCAGACCCCUCUGCUCUGGUUAGAAAUCUAUUUUAUUCAAGGGAGCUUUAGUAAUCUAUAAUGCAAGGUUAAAGUUUGGCGUUCAAACUUGAGAAGUCGUCGACAUUACAGGUAGCUUGUUCCAUUUUAGAGUACACAUAUUCCACGAUGUAUGUGUGUAUGUCAUACAGCAGAUGCGGGAUUGAUGCUCGGCUGGCUGAUAAUCUCCAUAAGCUCACAGUUCACUAGUC